AUGAGGGUUGGUUUUGCAGUUUUUAUUUCAUUUAGUGAUAUUUGUAUAGUUUAUCAAUCAUUUAUUUUGUUUUAAACAGUUUUAACUUAGGAUGAACGGAAUAAUUCGAAACAAUUAUUUUUUGUUUCUGUAUCGAAAUGCGAAUUUUCCCGUAAAAAUUAAAUGUGAUUCUCUACAUCAUGGGAAAGUUUCCUACUUGAUUGUCUUAUUCUUGCAGAGCAGUUUUUCUGAAAAGUUUUGUUUUUUUUUACAUAUGUAUUGUAGUUUUUUUGUUGUAAACUUUCAUAAAAAAAUAUAAAAAAAUAUGUUUUUUUGUUUCAAGAUUUUAACCAUCAAUUUUUUUAAAUUUCAUUUAUUUAUUAUUAUUUGAAAGUUCUAUGACAAACUCAGAUAAGUUUUUUCGAAGAAUUUACUUUGAAGUAGAGUUUUUUUCAAUAGCUCGUUGAAUUUUUAAAGUUAGUUGAAUCGAGUUUUUUUAAAGGAAGAUAAUCAUUUUUUUCAUUUGAGGUCAAAAUCGAAUCAUGUAUCGGCGUGCACAUCGAUGUAUACGAGAAGCAGAAGGCGAGGUUGGCCUCCUGUCGAUUGAAAAUCGAUGAGAGUGCCGGGUCGACGCCUCUGUCCAUUAGUUUCAACGAGGAUCUGAACCGCGUGAUCAGAUUUUGUGACAAGGUAUCCGUUUUUAAACAAAAGGGAAUUAAUGGGAUUUUCAAUUAAAAAAGCUUGGGAAGAUCAAAUUUGUCUCUUUUUAGAUGAUUUAUUAUGGCAUGUUCAUCGGAAAAAAAAACGAAAAAUUGUUCCGGAACGAGGCUUGUGCGAGGGCCGGCCCGUCACCCUCUCGGCCCCCGACCAUUUCGUAAGCCCGGCCCGGCCCGGCCUUAGCGGGGCCUCAAGAAAAAUGGCCCGCCCGGCCCGAAACGCGCAAUUUUUUCUAGUCGGAUAUCAAGUUUUUUUACGACAAAAAUCACGUUUUUGCUCAUUUUUUUCACUUGAAGUUUAACAAAAACUAUGAUUUCAGAAGUAAACGUCACAUUUCGGUGAAAAAUUUUUUUAAAGGAAAUUUUAAAUUUUUUGAACCCUGGCCCGGCCCGAGUCCACGCGGGCUUUUUUUCCUGAAAAAUGAGGCCCCGCCAUUAAUAUUUUUUUAAAAAAAUGCCGCCCGGCCUGACGCACAAGCCUGUCCGGAACGCAAGAAAAUUGUUACAAAACAAAAAUUAUUACUGUUUUGGAGCAACUUUGGUGCGCCAAUGAACACGCUUGAGCGUUUUUAAACAUAUCCCUUUUACCCGAUGAAAACGCCAUUAAUAUAUGUUUUAAAAUUUUUGAGAGUAAAAUUUAAAAUUAUCAAUAGAAAAAUAAGUUAAUUUCGUUAGCUUCCGCAUUUAUUGUUUGAGAACAUUUCUGGUUUCUCGUAGCCAGCUUAAAUUUUAUAAUUUUUUUUUCCUCUCUUUUCAAAGUUAUGCUAUUUCCACUCUAUUCAUUUUUUACAUGUGAAUUUAAAUUUAAUUUGCUUUAAACAUAGCAGAACGUAAUAGUUAGGUAGAAAAUCUCAUUUUUUUUGAAAAAUUUUUGAAAGACGUCAUUUUGAACGUUUUAUAUCGAAUAAAUGUUCGUCUUUUUUCGAGGUGCAUUUAUAGUCUGUUCAGAUUUUGAAUUUCCAGUCAUCGCUAAAACUCCGCCCCUCAUGCGUAGAUCAAACCAAUCAGAGCCAGCCAUCCACAGCGUUGCGGGGGGCGGUGUUGUGCCAUUAAAAGUCUGAACAGACUAUAAAUUAAAUUUUCCUGUGAUGUUUUUUUUUCUUUCAAAUUUUCCUGAUAUCUUCACGAUAACGGAAUAUAUAGAUUGUUUUUUGAAAGUUUGAAGAUUUAGGCUGAGUAUAUUAUGACAACAAAAGGAAUUAAGUUUGCUAACAUUUGUAUAAUUUUGAUCAAAGUUCCUUUUUAGGCCAUCUGAUAAUUGUUUACUAUUAUUUCAGGCUCAUAAAAACUAGCUUAUGAGUUUGCAGGUUCUCACUUUCACGGCAAUGCCGACGAGUUUUGAGCCUUUCCCUCGGCUCGAUUUGGAAAUGGAAAGCGCCUUGGAACGGCUCUCGAACGAUGUGAAAAUGUUUCGUUUGAACACUGAAAAAUAGGGAAUUUUUUUGUUUUCAUUCGACAUUCCUUGUUUCUUUUCUACUUUGUACUUUUCCGCCUUCUAUCGACAUCUUGUGUUUUGUUGUUCUUCCUGUAAUAAAUUUUUUCCAUUUAAUGGAAUCUGUUUCAUUCAAAAAGACAAAGGAUUAUCAUUACCUUGAUUAUUUCUUCAAUCACUGAAAUUUCCGCGAUUCGCACAUUUCCACCGCUUUUUGAUCGUUUGAGAGAUAGGAAAUAGGAAUUUCAGGCCAAAUGAGCGAUGUCAGAGUUCGACGAGUUUGACCCGUCUCACGAUGCGCCCUUGCCGGAAAUCAGAGAGGCUUUGAAGCCAGAUAAUGUGUGAGUUAUGAAAAAAAAAAGAACCAUUUGGUUCGUUGAGAUUUUGUCAUGAAGUUCAAAGGAACAUAGAGUUUUUUUUUAAUCGAAAAUGGUCCAGGCAAGAUUUUAGAAAAUUGUGAGAAAAUUUAGACGGCUCCAUAGUGUCCGGCGUGAUUGUACGCCAGUAGUCACUUUUUUUCGCCCAAAAAACCGUAAAACACUUUGCUUCAGAACCUCAUGCUUUUUUUUAGGGAUUUCAAACCGAAAGCGGAAAAAAACUACCGCUCAAAAGUGUAUUAACUUUGGUUUUUUGAGAAUAUCUCAGCGAGUACUUAUCCGAUUUAUAUAUAAGGGAUAAUGUAAAAUAUACUUUGAAACAUAUACGUUUUACAAAAACAUGUCCGCAAUCACUGCGACGCUUUUUAGGCAUUUUUUUAUUGAAUUCAAUUUUUUUGUUUUUUUAUGCUUUUUGUUUUUAUUAUUUUUUUAUUAAAUUUUUUUAAAAAAAGUAAUAAUGUUGCCAUAUGUUUUUCAUGUUUUCAGACAUGGGAAGAACCUCUGGAAAAAAGGAUUUGACUGAUAACGACAAAAGAGCCAUCGUUGUGGGUCGUCAAAAUGGACUGACCAUGAUGACGCUGGCAGGAAUGUUCGGCGUGACAGAGGCGGGCAUUUCUGAGUUCCUAAAGCUUUGGAAAGCUCAAGAUGGCUCUACUAAGAGCCAAUGCACUGGAAGACCACGUGUCACUGAUCGUAAUGAGGAUAGAAACAUUUUGAAGACGUCUAGAACCAAUCCAAGACUCACCGCCCCUGCGAUCAGACGGGAGUUUUCUUGAAUUCGCCAUCUCCGCCAUCCGUCUCGACCGUGAAACGACGUCUGAAUGUUGCUGGAAUCAUGGGAAUACGUCCAGUGAAGAAACCGCUGAUUUCUGAAAAGAAUCGAGCCGGCAGGGUGAAGUGGGCGAAGGAGCAUCUCAACUGGACCCGUCAAGACUGGAACAAGAUUCUGUGGUCCGACGGAACGGUCCUUCACCAUGUUUCACAGUGGGUAAUUGGUAUUUCGGAUGAUAUCUGGACCCAAUUGGUCUACGAACCCACUGAAUUCCGUCACUCCCGAAGAGGAGGAACUUGCUUACGUCGGACCACAGAAUCUUGUUCCAGUCUCGACGGGUCCAGUUCAGAUGCUCCUUCGCCCACUUCACCCUGCCGGCUCGAUUCUUUUCAGAAAUCAGCGGUUUCUUCACUGGACGUCUUCCCAUGAUUCCAGCAGCAUUCAGACGUCGUUUCACGGUCGAGACGGAUGGCGGUGAUGGCGAAUUCAAGAAAACUUCCCGCCUGAUCGCAGGGGCGGUGAGUCUUGGAUUGGUUCUAGACGUCUUCAAAAUGUUUCUAUCGUCAUUACGAUCAGUGACACGUGGUCUUCUAGUGCGUUGGCUCUUAGUAGAGCCAUCUUGAGCUUUCUGACGGUUUAGGAACUGAGAAAUGCACGCCUCUGUCCCGCCGAACAUUCCUGCCAACGUCAUCAUGAUCAGUCCAUUUUGACGACCCACAACGAUGGCUCUUUUGUCGUUAUCAGUCAAAUCCUUUUUUUCAGAGGUUCUUCCUAUGUCUGAAAACAUGAAAAAAAAUAUAUGGCAACUAUAUUACUUUUAAAAAAUUUAAUAAAAAAUAAUAAAAACAAAAGCAUAAAAAACAAAAAAAAUUGAAUUCAAUAAAAAAUGCCUAAAAAGCGUCACAGUGAUUGCGGACAUGUUUUUGUAAAACGUAUAUGUUUCAAAGUAUAUUUUACAUUAGCCCUUAUAUAUAAAUCGGAUAAGUACUCGCUGAGAUAUUCUCAAAAAACCAAAGUUAAUACACUUUUGAGCGGUACUGUACAUUGUGCCAUUUACUCGAAUUUUCCUAACCAAAAAAAGACGAUUGAAAAUAGUUCUUCUCCGAAAGUUCUUCUCCCAUUCCGAGCCAGUUUGUCACGAUUUUUGUUUUUCUCCGAACUAGAGCAUCAUUCCGUUCGAAAGGAUGUUUCUCUGAAUGUGUCUUUUAUUUGGCCUGAAACUUCCGAUAUUCUAAAAGCAAAUAUAAAAGUCGCGCGCGUCGAAGGGAUGAGUUCUGUAUCUUGGAAGAAAACGUAAAUCGUGAAAGUGUGCGCGGAAGGGUUUAUGCGCCUUCAAGUUUCUAGAAAGAAUGAUUGAGCAAUAUCAUUACUGAUUUUUUUUUUUUGAAAUGAUGUGGUUGAUUCAGAAAUCUCUAUGAGAGUACGUCAAACAAGGGCAAAGGCUUGACGGCGACCGACAUCGAAUCCUACAUGAUGUACAAUGUCGAGACGGGACGCGCCCUGCUGGCCGACAAACAUGUCCUCUUCAUCGGCGAUUCUUGUAGAUUCUUUUUUUUUAUUCGAUGGAAAUUCGAUUCGUUCCGACUUGAAGCUAUGUACAGUGCCAUUUCAAGGCUGGCUUAGGACGCAAACGGGCGGUUUGAACUUCAUUUGAAAACGCUCUGCGGAAGGCUCGCUCCCUGAUUGGUUCUUCGCGUCAUUAGGGGUCCCAAGCUAGCUGUCAGUCAGCUAUAGGUGACGAUGAAGGAAUUAAAAUCAGAAGAGAAUGUGUAAAUCAGUGUACUCUCGUUUGCAAUUUUGAGUUUUGAGCCUAAUAAAUUCUUGGCAGCUGUUUGGGACUAUUGUCAUGCAUUUAAAUAAGUUUUUCAAACAGGCUAAAAUAAUUGAGCAAGAUCAAUAGAUUUAAAGCGUUUGUGAGAAUCGUUAAUUUUUCAAAUGAUGUCACGAUUCCAGUGAUCCGCGGAAUUUACAAAGACCUGAUCCUGUUCCUCCAGAACAACGAACUGACCACCCACGAAGUCCUUCGCAAAUCCAACGAAGUUUCCACCUAUGGGGAUCGCCAGGUUACUGUUUCAAAAACGAACCGAAAACCGUAUACUUUUACAGAUUGACAUCAUCCCUUUGGAACUGAAUAAAGUUUUCCAGCAGGCCCGCGAGUAUCAGAGCGAUUUCCACCUUAUUCAAUACGUUUUCACCUCUAGGUAAUUGGCUCUGAAAAAGCCUGGGAACAGACAAAGAAAAUUCUCAUAUUGCAUAGGCUGCAGUGUUAAAUGAAAGAGAAUUAUAAUAAACACACAAAACUUCAAAAUACCAGACCUUGAAGCCUAAUAUAAAAAUAAAACACGCCCUGACGCACUGCAGAAAACUUAGUCUUCAACUAGACAUUUAAAAAAGGAAAAACGCUCUUAAGCAAAAAACUAAUAGCAGGGACCACGGUAACGCUGACGCUGCUAAAGUAAUCACUAGAAAGUCUCAGAAGCGUCCGGAGCGCGUCCGUUUUGCGUUACCGAGGUCCGAGAAACCAACUAGAGUCCUCAUUUUUUGAGGAUACGAUAUUUUCAAAAACGAGUAUUUCAUGAUAAGUAAUUUUUAUUAUAGGGCAAUGCGGUACGACCUUGAGAAGCUUGUCCUAAUGAUUGAAAAAUCAGGCGAACGUCCCGACAUUGUAGUUAUGAACUCGGCCCUUUGGGAUAUGACUAGGUUGGUUUCAAAAGAUUGAAGCAAAAAGUAGUGAUUUCCAUAGAUAUCGAUAUGAUCGAGAAGAGGACGACGAAGACUGCACCUAUGAGGAGUAUCUUCACCGGUAUUAUUCUCCGAAAGGGAAAAAUUAUUGUGACCUAUUUUUAGGUUAUCAAUAUUCUUAAGAUUGAUGAGGACGGUUUUACCGCCGGAUGCGAUGGUAGAUUCUUUUGAAUACGUUUUCCAAAGGAAUAAAAUAAUUUCCAGUUCAUUUGGGUAACGAUGCCACUGAUCAGUGCCCCGCUCAAAGACCGCGGGUUCCAGUUUCAUGGAAAUCAACCCUGGUCCAGGGAGGAAUUCGAAUACGGCAGGUGCGUUCGAAAAAAAUCGAAAACUAGAAUUUUUAGACUUUUUGUUGAGAUAGUAACAUUCGGAAUAUUGGAUUUGUUCAUGAAAAGUCAAAGUACCCACUAAACGAUUUUUUACGUUCUUCCCCUAGCUCCCACUACAAGGAGUAAUGUUCUCAUGAUAUUCUUCUUUUAAGGGAUAUUAUUUUACUUGUAAAAGGCCAGUAAAAGGAGUUAGAAAUGCUCAGUCUAAGGUCCAAGUCCAUACUGAUAAGCGACUUUCCUUCCUCCGAGAAGGCCAAUAAAUAUUUUUUUCAGUAUAUAUAAUCUUUAAGAAUGAAAUGCCUCGAAGGCAACUACCGAGCCGUGCAGUUGGUCCGCAACGCUGGAUUCGACGUCCUAGAUUUGGCCUUCUACUUCAACCAACAAGCUUUCUUUCCGAUGAGAACGUGCGUUUGACGAUGGGACAAGUAAAAAUAAAUCAAUAUUGUAUGAAGAAUGGGAGAUCAAAAAAAAAGAUAUAUUGGAAUAGUCAUUUUUGGCGCUCUGAUGUGAUUCUUAUGAGAAAGGCCAUAAUUUGAAAUAAACUUGAGGACGUUCGGAGACAAAAGGAGAUAUGUAGCAAGACACAAACGUCUUCGGCUCUUUUUGAGACCAGAUUUGGGAUCAGCAUGGAAAACUGCCUCUAGUGAACCUGGUCUCAUUAAAAAGUCGAUGAUAAAAACUUUUGGUCAAAGGUAAAAUUCUCUUUUUCAAAUUCAUCUUUUCCUCAGUUUGGAAAAUUUCUUCUUGCUUAUAAAAUCAUUGUGACUACGAAGAUAUAACUCUUUCACAAAAGUUGAAAAAUCAUCCCAAUUUGAAAUUUUUUCGGAUCAAAAAUGGACUGGACCGGUUUCCUUAUCGGAACUUCUUAUGAAAUACAAAAAACUUUCUUUCUGCCUUUUUUAAACAUUCCUCAAAGAACUCAGAAGUUGGGUGAAAUCUGGUCGACUUCUGAGUGAGACUAGGAUAAAUACAGAAGUGGAGGAUGGCUGCCCACUGGCCGCCCUGCCUGCCAAGCCAUAAACGCCCAAAAGCAGAAAUGACUUUUUCAAUAGUAAGUCAAUGAAUCAUUUCUAUCGCAUGGCCCAAUGGCUUGGCUUGGCCGCCAAGCCAAGGGCUGCCUUCCCAAUCCUCCACCUCUGGAUAAAUAGAUGAGGGCUGUUCGAGAAAUUGCUUUUUUGAUUCGACGGCAAAAAUUUUCCAAAAAAAUUAUCGAGGUACCCGCAAAAUUUUUGAUUUUCUCUCUCGAUCUCGAGAAGUUUAAUAGAAACUUUCCGGCGAGACUAUCAAGCGCUUAAAAUCAUGAUGAACACUAGAAAAAGAAAUAAUAUGUAAUCACCGCAUGCGAGUCUUCUCAUGUUAUUUGAAGAAAUAGGAAGUUUUUUCGGAGAGGGAAAAGUAACAUUACGGCAAGUCGAGACGAGAUCUCGACCCGUUCUUGUAGAGGGACUGGUAUUCUUACGUUGUUUCUUUCUUUUCUUAAGUUAGCCUUUGACAUGCUGAAAUUCCAAAACUAUUUUCUUUCGGGGCUUCUGAAUUUCAAAGACCGACUAGUAAGACUGAAGAGUUUUUCAGAAGCGACGGCGUCCACUGGGGCAACGUCGCGUGCCGAUUCAUGACCCAAAUGUUGCUUGGUCACAUCGUCAACGCCUGGGAACUCAGAGUCGAAAUCCAAAAAAGAUAUAUCGCCGUCGACAAGUAAGGAAUUCCCAGAUCUCGCACUGUAAAUAUUUGGCAUUUUUCUAGCGAAUCUUUCAAGUUCCUCGAAGAUGCCACCGCUUUUUACGAUUUGAACUUCUCCAAAGAACUACCCGAGGAUGUGUUUCCACCCGCCGAAUCAAUGCAGGUUUGAAACACUGUCUUUCGAAGACAAGUUGUUGUCAGUUAGAAGAUAUCAGCAUGGUUCUGAUGUCCGAAUCUGAGUUGAGCCUUAAUAAUAAUGAGACCCGCUAAACGCUUUCUUCACAACCUUCUUCACUGCCUAACGACGUUCUUUCGAGUUUUUCAAUCGAUCAGAUUCAAAAAAUAAUUGACUUUGAUAAAAGUUGGAUUUGGCUUGGUUAGAGACUUAUUGGAGUUAUAUUUUGCAUGAUUUGAAGCGCUACGGUAUCUCAAACGGAUUUGUAGUCUGCAUGGUUUUCUAACUUCGUUGUUGCCGAUUGUGAAGCUAUUGAGCCAAAUUUCGAUGUUUUUGCUAUUAAAAAUCCACCUCGUUAAUGGAAGCUUGGUACCGUAGCGUUUAAAUUUAUGCCGAAAUGUGACUAGAGCAAAGCUAAAGUCGUGACAAAUGUCCAGUCUUGGCGUAGAUUCCGGAAAUCUGUCCACAACGGAAAUGCAGAAGUUGGUUGGCUGAGAUCCUUGUCAACUUGAUCACACAGAAACAUCUUUUGACAGGGAUAAAGUUGUGAGAAAAUGAGUUUUCGGAGCUAACAAGUUUUAAAACUCAGUUCGGAUCGAAAUUAUUAUUAUCUUGUAUAGAAUUAUUUUUUUGGGUUUUCAGAAUAAUCUCCGAGAAAACUUCGUGGACCUUCUUCCAGAUGAAAAGUGGGUUUUUGAGGUUAAUUCACGUUUUUCUAAAACGGUCGAAUGAUUUUCGAAAAUUCAAUAAAAUCUUAUUCAGAUAUUCUCUAUGUACUCGGAUAAUAUAAAUCCGGUUUUGCUUAUUGAACAAUUUUUACCUUUUUCCAUUAAAUUAUUGACUUUUGUCCUCACCUCGAAGCCUUUACCUUUUUCAUCUGUUAGAUCAAUUGAUAACAAGAGUAUUUGUUCAGGAGAGAAAAGAUUCUGAAAUUGGUCGGAAUGAUGCGGGCCGCCCUGGGACUGAGCCGGAUGAUUGAGGACUGCGAGAACAAAUACUCCUACAUGUCGGUCUUUAUCAAUCAGCCGAACAUCCGCAAGGAGAUCCUGCAGGACUGCGGCUUGACGCACGCUGAUCUCGACAAAUUCCGCAACGAGGUCAUUCAAGGAGGAUAUAGGGAGUGGUCAUUUGAGUAGCAUCAGUGAAAUCUCUGUGGUCAAUAUAGCCGGUUCAUAGCUGGCUUGUGCCAUUGAAAAAAGGGUUUUGUCACGAUUAAAAAAGGAGACAGUGCUGGGUUGGAAGAGAGCGCAGACUUGGCAUGCCCAUUCCCGUCUCAAUUUAUAGUCUGUUCAGCUUCUGGAUCACAAGUGGUCGCUAAAUCUCCGCCCCUAAUGGCGCUAUGAACCAAUUAGAGAGCGAACCUUCCCCAGAGCGUUUUCAAAAGAAGUCUUUGUAAUUUACAUUCUAAACUCUGAACAAGUUAUAGCCAUGAAUCGGCUAUCUGGACCCAGUUGAAGGUGCUCGGAAACUGAAAAACUUUUCUCUUGAACUACCGAAAAAAAGCGUGUCGAAUAGGAUCAAGUGAAACUCGAACUUUAUUAUUAUUUUUUUUGAACUUUUCAUAAAAAUUCAAAUUUUUAAAACCUUGGUUUCAAGCUCCAUUUUGGGUUUGAAGAGAACUUUGAAAAGUCUUGUCUUCUAAACUAAAAUUUUGCGUAACUCGCGAAUGGAAGAAAUCCUAAUCUAGGCCUUCGGAAAUUUUUUUAAGCAAGUUCAUAGAUAAUUUAAAAUUCUUGUUUCUCCACGUUCAAUGCGCUUUUUCCCCUUUAUGGGUGAUCUUUCUCGUUUGCAAGUGCUCCUACGAGGGUCAAUAUAACCACCAUCGUUUCAACUCGAACAGCAGUCAAAUUUCUUGGAUGUAUCUUUUUUUUAUUCCUUUUUCUUUCAGCUCCGAUCGCUAUUAGAAGAGCUGCAAAUGAACACUCCGCAGAUAGUCAAAAAGAUUCACAAGCGUCGACACGCUGAUGAGAUCGAUCUGACGUGCGUCGACAGCGAAUCCGUAGACGACGAAUCGGAGAACAUUGACGAAGAGGUCGAAGUCUUCGAAAUUGACGUCGACGAAGAAGAGGACGAUGAUGAUAAUAUGGACAUCGUCGACGAGGAAGACGACGACGACGAAGAAGAUCAUUUGGACGUCGUCGACGAGGAAGACGAAUACGAAGAUAAUAUGGACGUCGUCGAGGGUAACGAAGACAAUAUGGACGUCGUCGACGAGAAAUACGGAGAAAAUGUUGUCGACGUCGACGAGGAAGACGACGGUAUUCAGUUUCUCUACUCGCUUAAAGGUGCGACGAAGCCUCAAAACCCCCCAACGCCGACGCUUCCCGAAGAUCCGGUCUCAUCGCCGAAAACCUCAUCGGACGAAGAUCCCGAAGAUUUGCUGGCCUCUCUGGACGCCGAAGUCACGGAUGCCAUUUCCCCUUCGGAGACUUACGAUUCCGACGUCGCCGUCGUGAUUUCCGACAGCGAGGAGGAGGAAGAAGAUGAAGAAGUUGAAGACGUUGAGACACCUCAAAGUGUUUAG